UGUGUCAGCGCCGCCCCCGGCGGGUCAAGGCAGGGCCGGGAGUGGAAGACCCGGUGGAAGCCGAGUAAGUGAGAGGAGCGGUGGGAGCGGGAACCCAUCCUUCCGCGAGUCGAGGGAGUCGGGGGACACGUCCUUCCUGCUGGCUCCUCCUGUAGUAAUAACACCUGGGGUUUGUGUAGCGUUCCCGGGUGUGUCGUCUCUUGAUCCUUCUGGAAGUCUUAAGAGAUGGAGCUGGAAGAGGGGAAGGCAGGCAGUGGACUCCGCCAGUAUUAUCUGUCCAAGAUUGAAGAACUCCAGCUGAUUGUGAAUGAUAAGAGCCAAAAUCUCCGGAGGCUGCAGGCACAGAGGAAUGAGCUUAAUGCAAAAGUUCGCCUGCUGCGGGAAGAGCUACAGCUGCUGCAGGAACAGGGCUCCUAUGUGGGGGAAGUAGUCCGGGCCAUGGAUAAGAAGAAAGUGUUGGUUAAGGUACAUCCUGAGGGCAAGUUUGUCGUAGACGUAGAUAAGAACAUCGACAUCAAUGAUGUGACACCCAAUUGCCGGGUGGCCCUCAGAAAUGACAGCUACACUCUGCACAAGAUCCUGCCCAACAAGGUAGACCCACUGGUGUCACUGAUGAUGGUGGAGAAGGUGCCAGAUUCAACUUACGAGAUGAUUGGUGGCCUGGACAAGCAGAUCAAGGAGAUCAAAGAAGUGAUUGAGCUGCCCGUUAAGCAUCCUGAGCUCUUUGAAGCGCUGGGCAUCGCGCAGCCCAAGGGAGUGCUGCUGUACGGACCCCCAGGCACUGGGAAGACACUGUUGGCCCGGGCUGUGGCUCAUCAUACAGACUGUACUUUCAUUCGUGUCUCUGGGUCUGAAUUGGUGCAGAAAUUCAUCGGGGAAGGGGCAAGAAUGGUGAGGGAACUGUUUGUCAUGGCCCGAGAACACGCUCCAUCUAUCAUCUUCAUGGACGAAAUCGACUCCAUCGGCUCCUCCCGGCUGGAGGGAGGCUCCGGAGGGGACAGUGAAGUCCAGCGCACGAUGCUGGAGCUGCUCAACCAGCUGGAUGGCUUCGAGGCCACCAAGAACAUCAAGGUCAUCAUGGCCACUAACAGGAUUGACAUCCUGGACUCAGCGCUGCUCCGCCCAGGGCGCAUUGACAGAAAAAUUGAAUUCCCACCCCCCAAUGAGGAGGCCCGGCUGGACAUUUUGAAGAUCCAUUCUCGGAAAAUGAACCUGACCCGGGGGAUCAACCUGAGAAAAAUUGCUGAGCUCAUGCCAGGAGCAUCAGGGGCUGAAGUGAAGGGCGUGUGCACUGAAGCCGGCAUGUACGCACUGCGGGAGCGGCGAGUCCACGUCACCCAGGAGGACUUCGAGAUGGCAGUAGCCAAGGUCAUGCAAAAGGACAGUGAGAAAAACAUGUCCAUCAAGAAGCUGUGGAAGUGAGGCGGAUGUCCUUUGUGUGGGUCCCUCAAAUAAAGCUCUGCAGGACAAGA